UUUUUUGGUUUUCUAUUCGAUGUCUGCUAACCACAUUGGAGUAGACUAAAUCCGAUUCGAUAUUUAUAUUCUAAUAAUAGCUUUAACCUGAAAAAUGUUGAGGAUUUUAGUAAAAGAAGGUUCCACUAUUUCCAUAUUGAAUUUCCAUCAGAAGCGUACUCUUGUCAAUGUAAAGCUUAAAUGGGUUAAAGAUAGUGUCUUGGAUUCUGUGGUAGCUGGAGGUACACAACUCAAGGCUGGAACUACACUAGUUUCCAUCAUUGCCUCACAAUCCACUUCUGGUAUUCCUAUUUACCAUCUCCAAAGAAAGCAUAGGCAGCUUGGACUCCCUCAUGACUUGAAAGUUUCCACUUUCCUUAGGCGAUACCCGAAUAUUUUUCAGGAGUUUUUUUGUAGUGAUAGUGCUGGUACUCCUGUUCCGUGGUUCAAAUUAACUCCUGAGACUUUAGAAUUUCAUCAUGAGCAAGUUGACGUUUUCCGCCAGUGCAGUACAGAUAUUGUUAAUAGGUUGAGAAAGGUUUUGAUGAUGACCAAUAAGAGGAUGCUUCCUCUUCAGACAAUUGAUCAGCUAAAAUGGGAUUUAGGCUUGCCACAUGAUUGUGCUAGUUCAUUGAUUAUAAAAUAUCCUAAGCUGUUUAGUUUGGUGGACCUUCCUGAUGGUCGUGUCGGUCUGAGGCUUUUAGCAUGGGAUCACAAAUUAGCUGUUUCCCAUUUGGAGGCGAAUUCUGCAAAGGAAAAUGGGACCUUGAUGUUUCCUACUGGAUUUACCAGGGGUUUUGGGUUAAAGAGAAAAUGUAUGAAAUGGUUGGAGGAAUGGCAAAAACUGCCUUAUACUUCUCCUUAUGUAGAUGCUUCUCAUUUGGACCCAAGGACAGAUGUGUCAGAGAAGAGGAUAGUUGGAGUCUUUCAUGAGCUUUUGAACCUCACCUUACAAAAGAAAACAGAGAGGAACAAUGUUAGCAAUCUUCGUAAGCCAUUGGAAUUGCCUCAGAAGUUCACAAAGGUCUUUGAGCGGCAUCCAGGGAUUUUUUACAUUUCUAUGAAGGGUGACACGCAGACAAUCGUCCUUAGAGAGGCUUAUGAGCGCAAUCAACUGAUUGAGAAGCAUCCCCUUGUUCAUAUAAGGGAGAAAUUCGCAAACAUGAUGAAACAAGGUUUUCUAGAUCGUAGUAGAGGGCUAUAUAAAGACAAUAACCAAGGUCCAGAAGAAGAGGAGUCACUGACAAGUAGUUUUGUUGGUGAGACCUGUGGAACUAGAUAUUACUCUGAUAUAGUCUCAGAUUCAGGUAUGGGUUUAGAACAUGAAGCAAAGAAGAUAAAGGUCCUUCAAGAAUGUUGAAGUUAUAAGCUGAGAGGUGAUUGGACUGACUACUUGAGGCUCUUAGAAACAUGUGGAAGUAGUUUGCAUAUGCUCUUAGUAUAUGAAAGAAGUAAUGUUGAAGAUAAAAGCUGAGAGGUGAUUAGCUGUAACUUUGAGAUUCUCAUUCUUCAUCUAAAUUUGCGGAGAAGUUCUUCAUAAUGUUGAGGAAGUUCUCCCCAAUCUUUGCUUAUGAUCUGGUCCUUAUCUUAGUUACUCGUAGCAAAUCAAAUAAGACAGCCAUUUUAUUCCAAGAAGAGAGGGAAUUAACUAAUGUGAUUGAAAGAUGAGCUGAGAGUGUGAAUUACUCCCUUCAUGGCAUUAUUUCAGAGAACCACCCCUUUAGUAUGUCUCAAUGAGUAUUAUUGAUGGACUUCUGUUCUGUAAGAAGUAUUCAGCUGGAACUCUCGCAGCAGCUGACUCUGUGGUGUCACCUAAAUGUGAUGCAAUCCAAGGCGAGCACAACCAGAGACAACUUCAUUAUCAACUAUCUCAGUAAGGCCCUAUUUUGCCUGAUGAUAUGAAAGUAAAAGUGAAGACGGGGAAAAAGGUGAUGAACCCCUAAGUCUUGUUUCAGGGGCUUCUUCAAAUCAUACCAACCGGAGAAGCUUCAGUCCCUCUUGGCUUCUUUGCACCAUUGCUGAUACUCGUAGCCUGUUUCCCAUUGUUAUAUUUUUUUUACAAAAAGAGAAAAAGAGGCCUCAACUUAUGCACUGGGUUACAUGUGUGAAGAAGAUAUGAAAGGAAACAACCACCUGUUUGUGGACUAAGGUGGCUUUGGAGCUUUGGGACAUGUUUGGACUUGUUCAAUAUUAAAGUAAUGAUAUCAAAUUCAGCCAAGUAGUUACUGUUAAUAUCGGAAAAACAUGGGCGUCACAAAGGAGAAGGAAAUCUUUGAUAUCUUUAUGACAAGGAAGGCAGAAUGUAUAUAGUUGUGUAAAUCUGAUAAAAGUUCAGUAGGACACUUUUAAAAUAUGGUGAACAGAAGUAGAGUGAAACUUUUCUGUCGACAUAUAUGGUAGUAUUUG